AUGAAUCUUCUGGAUUCUCUAUGGAGUGGCCUUCAUGUCGUUGAAUCUGUUCGAUAUGGCAGACUGGCCACAGUUACGAUUAUUUUCUUCGAUCAUUUAAUUAUGCUGGAUCAAGAGAUCGAUUAUAUUUGGACGGCUAGGUGGACCGUCAUAAGCAUUUUGUAUAUCUUGAACAGAUAUUACGCCCUUGUGGCGGCAAUGUACGAUAUCUUGCUUGUUUCAAUGCGCAGCUCACAAGAAAGAUUUCGUAGAUUCAGUCUCUAUGUUUUCUUCAACAGCAAUCUUAGCAACUCGAUGUAUGUCGUACUUUCAAGACACCUCGUGAUCACUGACAUAUUUAAUCACAAUCACCCCGAUGUUGCUGACAGAUGCACUGUUUUCCUCAAAUGGGAAGGGUGGACCGGCUUGGUUUUCGCAAUGCUCGGUCAAAGCAUUCUGCAGUUUCGCAUUUAUGCUCUAUAUUCGGGAAAUAGAAGGGUUGUUGUUCCCAUGGUCACUAUCUUUGCAGUCUGUUCGUCAAUCUCCGGAUGGUUGAUGUGGAAAAAUAUCUCUAACUCUUCCGUCGUCUCCCACAACUAUGGGACAGGUCCCUUCUGCAGAGCAAUUCAAGGAGGUGGAUCCACACUAUAUGCCUUUUGGAUACCUGUUAUCGUCUUCGAGACUCUGUUGUGCCUGCUCGCUUUAUCUGCAGGCAUCAACUCAUUUAUCCAGGAUGGCUACACCUUUAGGCAUAGUGGCAGACUACUACAAAUACUGCUACGAGACUCAAUGACCUAUUUUGUAGUCAUCACUGGAACGGCAUUUGCAUGCUUGCUGGGAGCCAUCAUAAACGGCGGAGUGUAUCUGGAGUCCCCCGUAGGAUUUUCUGUGGCUAUGAUUUGCACCUUAGGAAAUCGGCUCAUACUCAACAUCCGGGACGCAACGCGGCAGCGCGACAUUACCCUCCGAUUUGAAGACGAUAGUCUACCGACUUCAGUCAGGUAUAACAGCAAACUGGUACCGAUGUGA